CUCCAGACAGACGUCUACGGACGCAGUGCAAUGCCGAACUGUACGCUGCCCUUUGAGAAACAUGGUUCAGUGGUAGAUAUGUGGGUAAGGGGAGGAACCAGAGCUGUUCCCAGCCAAUGCUCUGGACCACCUGACACUUUAGUGCGGAUCAAGGAUUCGAACCGGGCACCUAUGGUGUCAGUCCCCACGACUCUAACCACCUAGCCACUCGGGCUGGCAGGAGAGGUGGUGAAAAACGUUCCUCUUAUACCCAAUAGUCAUAUAAGAAAAAGAUAAAAAGAUGCGCAGACGGGGAUCGAACCACUGACCUUGGGAUCCAGUGUGUGUGUCCUUAUCCAUCAGACCACACCCAGUACUUGUGAAGGAAAUGUUGAAUAAUGUAUUAUAUUCUCACACUUUUUAUGGCCAACUACUACUUCAUUUCCACCUAUAUACUCCAGGCUAUAUAUUACAUGUAUGUAUAAUUGUGUGUGUUUCUGGUGCAGAUAAUUAUUGCAAAGACAAAACCCAUGCAGUGCUACCACUGCAACCAUGCAAUGCAGGAAAAAAGCGCAGUUAAUUGGUGGGCUGGCCUACGCCACACAGCAAUGUCAUUAUUUAUGACUGGCUUGCAGCAUAAAGUGACUCGAUAUGUACUACAUACUGUAGAUUCUUCAUUUCAAGGAUGUAAUUGUUCUUAUAGAGAGAGGGGUUCUGCUGGCCUUUUCUUGUGACUUGAUCAUUGUCGUUUCUUUGUGGCUGCAGUUGAGGUAGUUUCAAGAGUGAAGCGAGCAGUGGUAGAGGAAGAAGAAGAGAUUCGGGAGAUUGGGGAGGAAAUUGAGGGGCGAGGGGAGAUGGAGGAGGAGGGAGGUGGGGGUGAGGCGAAUGUAAAAGAAGAUGAUGCUAUCCUGCCGCUGAAAGUAGAAGGAGAACCCAGUGAGAAGAUAGAGGAAAGAGCCGUCUCAGAUGAAACCACUAGAAAGGUUGAGUUGGCAGUGAUAACAGCUCUGAGGAAGGUCCUCCCGGGGCAGAAGGAACUGACUGAUCUGAGGCAACUCAUCAACCAACAGAGAGAGUCCAAAACCUCCACCGACACCCACAGUGCCACCAAGAAACAACAGGAGACAGUAUCUGACAGUUUGUCCUGUAGGACACAUUUCGUGGUGACAAUGGACGGACUGGAUGAGGGUUAUAAUGUAGAGCGAGAGGGGGAGGAGCGAGAGGGAGAGGAGGAGGAGGAGCAAAAGGAGGAGAGAGGGAGCUCGCAGAAGACACAAGGAGCAGUGGAAGCAGGGGAGGCACCAGUUCGAGGAGGAGGGAGCGGUAUGCCGGAGAGGUGUCGUUUCUGGCCCAACUGUAAGAAAGCCGACUCUUGCCCCUUUCACCACCCUUCUGCCAAGUGCAGGAUGUUCCCCAACUGUAAGUAUGGAAACAAGUGUCUCUUCAUUCAUCCUCAGUGCAAGUUUGAUUCGAGGUGUACCAGGUCUGACUGCCCAUAUCUUCAUACUGCACCCAGACACGUCCUACCUAGAGCUGCUUCUGCUACAGCUCCACCCUUUGCCCCCCCUGCCUUCCCUCCUGCCAUGAUGAAGUUCCCAGCUCCAGUGAAAUCCAUGUGGUCACCUCGGACCAAGUUCCCCAGUAAAUCAGCUCUCACUUGGACCCCUGCCAGCAAGACCUCUCCUACUUCACACACCAGUCAGAGGAAGUUUGCAGUUCCAGAGGAAGACACAACCUCCAUAUAAGUCAAUUGAACAAACUCCAGUGACCCACUUUUGAAUAAUAGGCACUAAUACUAAUUGCGAAGUGGUAUCGUAACUUAUCUCAUUACAUGUUUCUACAAUGUUUCGCUUUUUCUUGCCUAUAUAUGAAAGUCAUAUAUACUUGUUGUGAAGCAGAAGGUGGUGGUUUUCCACAGUUUGAAUUUGAACUGCAUUCACAGACUUUGCAGUUUUCACACAUGCUUCAGGCCUAUGUAUACCUAGUGAGGUAGCUGGUGAAAAA